AAUGGAAAGGCGUAAAUAACCGCGGUGGUGAGAUCCACCCGCGCGCACCGGGCCGUCCUCUCCGCGCGCGGGGAGACGCGCGCGCACCCACCCGCCCCGGCUCGUCGCCAGCCCCCGGCCCCCAGCCAUGGAAGAACUCACGGCGUUUGUAUCCAAGUCUUUUGACCAGAAAAGCAAGGACGGUAACGGCGGAGGAGGCGGCGGCGGCGGCGGAGGCAAGAAGGAUUCCAUUACGUACCGGGAAGUUUUGGAGAGCGGACUGGCGCGCUCCCGGGACCUGGGGACGUCGGAUUCCAGCUCCAGGACUCGCGGAGGCGGCGGCCACUGCCCGGUGCAUUUGUUCAAGGACCACGUAGACAAUGACAAGGAGAAACUGAAAGAAUUCGGCCCCGCGAGAGUAGCAGAAGGGAUUUACGAAUGCAAAGAGAAGCGCGAGGACGUGAAGUCGGAGGACGAGGACGGGCAGACGAAGCUGAAACAGAGGCGCAGCCGCACCAACUUCACGCUGGAGCAGCUCAACGAGCUGGAGCGACUCUUCGACGAGACCCAUUACCCCGACGCCUUCAUGCGCGAGGAGCUCAGCCAGCGUCUGGGGCUUUCCGAGGCGCGCGUGCAGGUUUGGUUCCAGAACCGGAGAGCAAAGUGCCGCAAACAGGAGAAUCAGAUGCAUAAAGGCGUCAUCUUAGGCACAGCCAACCACCUGGACGCCUGCCGGGUGGCACCCUACGUGAACAUGGGAGCCUUAAGGAUGCCUUUUCAACAGGUCAAAGCUCAGCUGCAGCUGGAAGGCGUGGCCCACGCGCACCGCACUGCACCCGAACCUGGCGCGCACGCGCCCUACCUGAUGUUCCCCCCGGCCUUCGGCUGCCCAUCGCGGUCGCUGGCCGAGUCCGCCUCGGCCGCCGCCGUGGUCGCCGCCGCCGCAAGAGCACAGCAAAACUCCAGCAUCGCCGACCUGCGCUCAAGGACGCGGAAGCACGCGGCGGCCUUGGGGUCUGACCCGCCGCGCAGCCCCAGCCGGCACCCGGGAUCCCGGGCUCCGCGCGCCCCCGCCUGCACCGCGCGUCCUGCACUCAACUCCGCCUGGAGCUGCUCCGUGCGCCCCGGGAGCUCUGCAACAGGCCUGGGAGGAGGCUCCCGGACCGUCCACGCGCGACCCCUACGGAGACGGUGCAGAAGGCGGAGCGCGUGA